GCUGUCUGGCUCGCACGCGCCCGUCAGAGGAGGAGUGCGGGGACGCGACGGAGGAAGAAAGGAAAAAAAAAGAAAAAAAACCUCCAAUGAGCAACGGGUCACGAACUAUGACCUUUAACAGCAGAAAAACAAAACAAUUAUUUUUAUAAAUAACAGAGAGACCCGAAUUCGUCGUUCGUCCACUUUUGGAGUCCUCACUAAUGACCUUACAUCGUCAUCAUGACGGCCAACCUGAAUUUGCUCACUCAGCAGAAAGCUGACUUUGAGUAUGAGGCAGAGGUGUCAUUGUCCCCAACAGACUCGGCGAUGAGUCAGUCACCUCAGCGCUUUCAGGUCGUUUCUAGUGAGGCUCCAGCAACAUCACAGCCGAUAAAGAUUAUAACUGACCAACAGAGGGGUCAGAAAAUUCAGAUCGUGACUGCCAUGAACUCUUCCAGUGCUCCAAAGCAGCAAUUCAUUCUGACUACUUCGGACAGCACUGGGGCAGGCAAGGUUAUUCUGACCUCUCCAGACAACCACAACACAAAGCAGCUCAUCUUUACCUCUGCAGACAGCUUGAUGCCAGGAAGGAUACAGAUUGUCACAGAUCCACUAUCGAUGGAGCACUUCAUCGGCCAAUCAGGGGAUCUUAGUCGGUCGCAGACGGUGGAGUACUGCUUGGUGUGUGGAGACAAGGCUUCAGGCCGUCACUAUGGAGCGAUGAGUUGUGAAGGAUGUAAAGGCUUCUUCAAGCGGAGUGUGAGAAAAAACCUGACCUACAGCUGCCGCAGUAAGCAGGACUGCGUCAUCAACAAGCACCACCGCAACCGCUGCCAGUUCUGUCGGUUGAAGAAAUGCAUUAAUAUGGGGAUGAAGACUGACUCUGUUCAGAGUGAGAGGAAGCCUGCUGAUGUUGUGCCCCGAGAAAAACAUGUCAACUGUGCUCCCUCCACUCAAAAGAUCUACAUCCGCAAGGACAUGAACAGUCCGCUCAUUGCCACGCCAACUUUCAUCUCAGACACAGAAACAGAUGGCUCCAGCCUGCUGGACCAGGGGAUGCUAGUUAAUAUCCAGCAGUCUGUUGUGCAGAGUGAUGGAACGCUGAUGCUGACAACUGACUCAAAGAUGGAGUCUGGUCAUGGUGGCCUUGGGACACUCGCGAAUGUGGUGACAUCACUGGCCAGCCUGAGUGACUCUUUGAAACAGAACUUGAAAAAUGGAGAUUCAUCAGAUUGCCAAUAUGUGGAAAGGAACACUACAGAGAUAACACGUGCCUUUGACACCCUGGCCAAAGUGCUCAAUCCACCUGAAGCGAAAAUCGUAGCUGACAAGUGUGUUAGUGAAACGACCUUUCAGCUAAUAGGCCGAGACCAGGAAACUCCGAUCAUUGAGGUGGAAGGGCCGCUGCUCACAGACGGGCAUGUUAAUUUUAAGCUGACUAUGCCCAGCCCCAUGCCUGAGUAUCUGAAUGUACACUACAUCUGUGAGUCAGCUUCCAGGCUUCUCUUUCUUUCGAUGCACUGGGCACGUUCCAUCCCUGCGUUCUUAGCCCUCGGGCAGGAAGAAAAUAUUGGUUUGGUGCGAGCCUGCUGGAAUGAGCUGUUCACUCUGGGUCUCGCGCAAUGUGCUCAUGUGAUGAACCUGUCCACCAUCCUGGCUGCCAUUGUCAACCAUCUUCAGAGCAGCAUCCAGGAUGACAAGCUGUCAGGGGAGAGGGUGAAGCAGGUGAUGGAGCACAUCUGGAAGUUCCAGGAGUUCUGCAACAGCAUGACGAGGUUGGAGACAGACAGCUAUGAGUACGCUUACCUGAAGGCCAUCGUGUUGUUCAGUCCCGAUCACCCUGGUGUUGACUGUGGCGGACAGGUGGAAAAGUUUCAAGAGAAAGCCUUGAUGGAGCUGCAGGACUAUGUACAGAAAACAUAUCCAGAUGACACCUACAGGUUGACUCGCAUCCUGACUCGUCUCCCGGCGCUGCGCCUCAUGAACUCCAACAUCACGGAGGAGCUCUUCUUCACCGGCUUGAUCGGUAACGUCUCGAUUGACAGCAUCAUUCCUUACAUCCUCAAGAUGGAAACUGCUGAGUAUCACAGCCAGGACAUUGACCCCGCGGACUGACGCAUCCUCACCCGGGUGAUUUCGAAAACAGUAUCAAAAUCUCCACUUCAGGUGCCCUUUGUUCCCCAGAGGUUUGUUCAAGGUUUAUAGUUGAAACUGUAAUGAGCAUCCUGCAGUGGCCUCAUUUCUCAUUAUUCACAAACUUCCCUUUUAAUUUUGGGGUAGAAUAAUGAAGAAUCCAACUAAAUACAGUUUAUAAAAGAAAAUACAAUGUAUGUUCAAAUAUGUGUGAGUUGCCUUGCGGUACAAACUAGUAUCUAAUACCUGGUCAUGCGCUGUUCGUGUGAGCAAUUCAAAAUGUUAUUUAACAAGUAAUAUAAAUAUGCAUUGCAAUGGCUUUACUAAUCUCUUUCUCUCUCUUUUUUAAGAUUUUUUUUUUUUUUUUUUUUUACGAUGAAUACAUGUAACCAACAACUGGAAGGAGACCAUCUAUCAGUUUCUCACAUUUGCUCAUGUAACAGCAGCAGACCUCAGUCUUUAAUCUGUAAGGAAAUUGCUUGUACAGUUCAUUGAUAUUAUUCUUUAUGUAUUUAUUCCAGUUUUUAGUUUGAGCUUUUUUUUCAUGCAAUUGGCCAAAUGAGCGGAUUAGGUUGUAUAAUUAGUUUUUUGAAAUUGCCGAACGGCAUCUCUGAAGUUGUGGGUGUGUUUAUGUUGAUGCACACCUGGUUUCUGGCCUUGAAUACAUGGCUAAUGUAUCCCGUGCAAUCGCCUCAUCAACUUUCCCUUUAUGACAAUCAUUGAUUUUUUUUUCCUGGCCCUUUAUUGUCUCUCAACUGUUUGUCUCAAUUUUGUAUGUUUAUUUAUCAAAAGCAUUUAUUUUUUACAUAUGUUUUGCUUUUCAAAUGUGUUGCUUACGUGUACCUAUGCUCCUGUUUUUGUGCUUGUGUUUGCAUUUGUACUCUGCUCAGUGCACAUCAGUCAGCUUUUGUGGUGUUCAUCCACAUCCAUCCUGACUAAACCUUUUGUGUUUUGUAUGUUUUCUGAAAACUACAAUUUGUUCUGAACAAUUUUGCUUGUCGCAUACUAAGUGUACUUAAGUCAUUUUGGGCAGGUUUUCCUUAAUUUAAGGGGGGGAAAAAAGAAUCCUUGGAAGCGAGUCCCAAGUACAUCGUCUUGAAGACUUUAUGCAGCUGCUUCCUGCUUGUAUGAUGAGAUAGAAAAAUGUAUCCAUGAACGAGAAUGGAAAACUAAAUGUUAGUAUAAAAGUGAAUGGUAAUAUUUGGGUUUAAAACUCAUUGAGACAGUUUGUAUAGGUGUUUGUUGGAACUUACCUUUGUACAUGUAAUUUAAUUAAAAUGAGUGCAUGUUGUUUUUAAGCAAUUUUAUAAUGUUUAUGCCGUCUGCCCUGUUAACAAUCAUUUUAUAGUGCAUUGUCGUGCAUGAAGAAGUGGCUCAUUGCAUUUUAUUAAAUGCCAUAUGAAAAGAGUUGAUUUAAAUGUGGUUACUAUGAACACCCACUUGGAAGAUGUUUGAUUUUUUUUUUUUUAUCUUAGUGAUUUGAGUAUUCUCGGAUUAACAUUUUGUAUGACAUACAGUAUGUCUGUUUUUUGUUUUUUUUUUGCUAAUGUAUAUGUACGGUUUUCUUUAAACAGAAAAUUUGAGUUAUUGUUUUACCCAAAUUGAUUGCAACCUUAUUUCUACCUCACUGACGAAGAUGUAACCCAUUGUAUUAACUGAACUCCUAUAUUAACAUUCCAGUCUCUGAGGCUGGCUUUGUUAAAGCCACACACAAUGAAUAAACUUUUCCAUCCAA